CCUUCAACCAUAUAACUCCCUGCAUCUUUCAAGAUAACCUUGGGCGAAAUGUUCAACUUGUCUGGAUCCUCUUGUUUUGUGGUUGUUCUGCUUCCACUUGGGAUCAAUCACCUAUUCCCUGGAUGGAUACCCCUCUUCUCAUAUCUGCAUGUAGCCAGACCCCAUACAACUUCUCUCCAAUCAAAGGUCCAAAGCGAGUGCUCCAAGGACAAAAUCUGUCUGUAUGUCCAUAGGAUCCCACAUAAAAGGCAAAAAUUUCGAAGCCUCUCAUACCUAAAAUCGGCCCAUAUCUAAUUAUAAUCUUCCUACCUCACCCACAAUCUUCUAAUCAAGCAUUUUUAUAUUUAUGAUCACCCUUAUUCCUAGUAUUGACCGCCACUUCCCCUGAGUGUGCACUCAUCAAUCUUGACUAGAGACUCUAUAUUAUUUCCAAUACUAUGUGUAGCUUUUAUCAUCAUGUAACCCAAAAGAAAAUUGCGAACUUAGCACCCAAAAUUCAACAUGAUCCAGAGACACCUCGAGAGGCAUGUCAGUCUGUCGUAACCUCCAUGGGCGUAGCUAGGGGAGGGCCAGCCCUAGCCCUGGCCCAACCCAACUUUAAAAAUGUCUAUAUUUUUAGUGUAAAAAUUAUGUGUAGAAUAUUUUUCAAAAAUAUUCUUUGCAUCGGCCUAGUGACCUGGCUACAAUCAGGGUUUUAAAUAGCGGUCCGCUACCGCUACGGCCCGCUAUUCCGCUGUGAAUUCUAAAUCACGGGAAAAUCCUGUUACAGGCCGCUAUCGACAUUUCCGGCAGUAUGUCACGAACGAGUUGAUGUGUAAAUGUGUCUAUGUUGUGUAAAUGAACUCUUAAUGUUAUAAGUGUCCAAACAAAUAUUCACAAUGUUUGUAUUAACUACAACACUCAUUAAAUAUAUGUUUUGCGCAAUUGAAAAUAUUUCACGCCGCUGCAAUCGCUACAGUCGGCUACAGGCCGCUACAGGCCGCUACCGCUACCGCUACCGCUGCCACUACGGCUAUUUAAAACCUUGGCUACAAUGACCAGUUUUCUUUGUAUUCAGUUUUGCGAAGGUUUUGCUGAAUGACUGAAUGAGAUUGGGCGGAUUGGUUUAUACGUUACCACUCUUGCCUUUGCUGAGAACCUUUGCUGAGAACCUUUGCAACCCCACAUCAUCCUCCCCCUCCUGUCGUUUCUUAACUAGGGAAUCCAUAAGGAGACAAGGAGUCCGAAAUAGUCAUAGAACAAAGGUCCAAAACAAAAUUGAAAGUAAGAAAAAUGCUCACAGGGAGCGCACAGGACCACACGAAAAAAGGAAUGCUGGACAAAAACUCGGUGUAAAUGAAACAAACACGAACCAGCGAAGCCGAAGACUGAUGCCAACCCCCAACAAGCCGAAGACGGCAGGCCAGAGACGCGUUGCCGACCAUACCAUCGCUGCACUAGGGAUUUUUCCGCAAAAGAAGAAACAUAAGCAGAAUUGGUAACACUGUUUUUCGGCUUAUCUGGCUUAUCAGCCAACUUUUUCACCAAACACGUAACUUUUGCUUUCGCGUGCUGAAUUGUGUAAUAAGCAGAAAAAGUAAGAUUGAAGUUAUUUU